CAUGAGCGCCAACCUUCCCUAAUAGAUAGAUACAUCAUUCUGACUCCAAGAUAUUGGAUGCUUGGGUUGGUUUUUAUAUCUUCUUAACUAAUUCCCUGCAUUAUUUCUUUUUGCCUCACCUUCGCUCUCAUAACGUGACGUUGACUUGUCCCCCCUUUCAGGGCCGGGCGCGAAUCGCAAACAAGAAUGAUGACCGUCAAACGGCGAUAAUGCGACUAAACUGCCUCAAUGCAGUUCUACUUGCUGCCGCAACGCUGUCGCGCUUCGCCAAUGGACAAUUCCCGAAUGCGACGUCCCAGUACCUAAAUCUGACGACGAUCAGCUCUCCUAUCGAUCCGAAUAUCAAGAUCAGCUACAAAGUGCCCGAAGGAGCCUGUAAUACCGCAUUCGAGUCGCAGACCCAGUACACUGGCUGGGUAAGCGUUCCGGGCGACUUCCCCACAAAUACGUUUUUCUGGUUUGUCGGCGCACGAGAUCAGCAGGCAAACUCUAGCCUGACUAUCUGGCUCAAUGGCGGUCCGGGAUCAAGUUCUAUGUUCGGCUUUUUCAGUGAGACGGGACCUUGCGAAGUGGUCGACGAUGGCACGGACGAGUUCACUACUGUAGCGCGGGAGUGGGGUUGGGAUAGAGCCUCGAAUAUGUUAUUCAUCGACCAGCCGAAUCAAGUCGGUUUUUCAUACGACAUACUUACGAAUGGCUCCCUCGAUUUACUUACCAACAAUAUCUAUAUUCCGCCCUCGGAUAGACCGAGCUCCGUCCCACGUACUGCCUUUCUAAAUGGCACCUUCAGCUCCAUGAACCCCAAUAAUACGGCUAACACGACCGAAACGGCUGCUGUUGCUAUAUGGCACAUGCUACAGGGGUUUCUAAGCACUUUCCCAGAGCUGAACCCUCCGAAGGACAAUGUCUUGGGCGUCAACCUAUUUUCCGAAUCCUACGGAGGGAAAUAUGGACCGGCGUUCGCGAGCAAGUGGAAGGAGAUGAACGCCGCUCGAGGUAACGGCACCAUGUCCAAUGCCACCACGGUGGAGAUCCGUCUUGCCUCUCUCGGCAUCGUAAAUGGUUGCGUCGAUGAUUUAAUCCAAGCGCCGUACUAUCCCGUCAUGGCAACCAAUAACCCGUACGGGUUCACAGCCAUCAACUCGGUCAGAGCCCAACUGGCCAACUCCAGCUUCUACGCUGACGGAGGGUGUCGCGACCUGAUCAAUCAAUGCCGCUCCGCCGUCGCCGGCAAGGACCCGAAUAACACCGGGUCGGUCUCAGACGUAAACAGCAUCUGCGAAUCUGCCUACAAUAGUUGCACGAACAACGUCAUGGCACCUUACUCCGACUCCGGCCGCAGCGUGUACGACAUCUCCGCCGUGCUCCCGGACUCGUUCCCGCCCCGCCGCUACCUCGAAUACUUGAACACGGCCUCGUUCCAAUCUGCCAUCGGCACAAGCCUCAACUACACCGAGACCAACGCCCAGGUAGCCGCGGCAUUCGCCUCGACCGGAGACUACGAACGUGAAGCCAUGGUCCCCAAGCUAGCCUCGCUCCUCGACGCCGGCGUGCGCGUGGGCCUGAUUUACGGCGACCGGGAUUAUAUCUGCAACUGGCUCGGCGGGGAAGCCAUCUCCUUCGCCCUCGCCGCAGCCGCCUCCUCAUCCUCCUCCUCCUCCUCCGCCUCCAACCCGAACCCGAACCCGUACUCCUCCGCCUUCCCAGCCGCCGGGUACGCGCCCAUCAUCGUAAACGACAGCUACGUCGGCGGCGUAGUCCGCCAAUUCGGCAACCUGUCCUUCAGCCGCGUGUACCAGGCGGGGCACUUCGUGCCCGCCUACCAGCCCGCGACCGCGUUCGAGAUCUUCGCGCGCGUCAUCCGCGGCGACAGCGUGUCGACCGGCGAGCCCGUCGAUCUGGCCACGUACAACACCUCCGGCCCUGCCAACGCCACCAGCUCGCUCAAUUUGCCCCCGAGCCCCGCCCAGACCUGCUGGCUGCGCGACGUCCCCGGCUCCUGCAGCGACGAGCAGCAGAGCGUUAUUCUGAAUGGUAAGGGGUUCACUGUCAAUGGCGCGCUGCAGACCGGGUCUACGGCUUCGACGCCGCCGCCGCCGCCGAGUGAGACCGUUGGCGCGACGGCUACGACUUCCGUUCAACUCACGGGCUUGUUUACUGCUACUGCUACGCCGUCGAGCGCGGCGGGGCUGAGGCGAGGGUUUGAUGGCGAUUUGAGGUUCGCGAUUGGUGGUGGUGCUGCGGUUGCUAUGCUGGUUAUGUAGCGGGUUCACGAUGACCGCGAUGAACUUGAUGGUUAUGAUGCUAACGCUGGGUAGGCCUGUAAACGUCUUAAGGGGGUGAUUCGUAGGUAAUUAGGGGAAGUCGAGGCCGUGCUCCGGAUAUAGUAAAUACCUGUACCUAAGUAGCGAGGCAUUCUUGAUAGUUUUGACACGUAUAUGAACUUGGGUAUUAUUGUCAUAGCACAAGCAAAAAUCAGCAGUUCCACUCAA